AGACAAGUAGGGUUUCUAACUAAAAAAAGGAACUCAUAUAAAGAAAGAAGAAAGGACCGACGGAAAACCCUAUUUGCGGCGGAGAACUCAGAAGCAGAAUCCAGAAGAUACCUAGGUCAUGGCUCCUAAACAGCCAAACACAGGCCUCUUUGUGGGGUUGAACAAAGGGCAUAUAGUUACCAAGAAAGAGUUGGCUCCACGCCCAUCUGAUAGGAAAGGCAAAAGUACGAAAAGGGUUCAAUUUGUGAGAUCAUUGAUUAGAGAAGUGGCUGGCUUUGCACCUUAUGAGAAGAGAAUUACUGAACUUCUAAAGGUUGGAAAGGAUAAGCGUGCUCUGAAAGUGGCCAAGAGAAAGUUGGGCACACACAAGAGGGCGAAGAGGAAGCGUGAGGAGAUGUCUAGCGUUCUCCGUAAGAUGAGGUCUGCUGGAGGUGGUGAAAAGAAGAAGUGAUUUGGCAUUCCUUCUUUCAUUUAAUGUUUUCAAAAGUUUUUGAAUCUUCAUCAUGUAUGCCUUCUUCCCAUGUAUAAGACAAAUCUUUAAUAUUGUUUCUUCUUUAUGUAGACUUUUAUCGGCACUAAUAUUAUGAUUUAGUAGUGAGCUUUCUGGAA